GCGCCUGGUUCCGCGGUUAAUACCCGAGAGUCCGCAGCCCCCGCCGCGGGAUGGGGACUGAGCCCGGACGCGGCGGGGACGCGGCUAACGCUCUGCCGGGGGCCCUGCAGGCGAGGCUGGGAGUUGAGGGGUGUCAGUCGCUGGCUGCGGUGCUGGGAGUCAGGGCAUCAUGUUUGAUCCGCGAAUGAGCAUCUCUAGCGGUCCGUGGUGGUGCAGGCUCGGUCCAAAGAGCGACCGCCGCCCGCUGGAGAUAUCUGGGCCUUCUGAAGAGCAACAGAAAAUGACCAAGUCUCAGGGAUUUGUGUCAUUCAAGGAUGUGACUGUGGACUUCACUUGGGAAGAGUGGCAGCAGCUGGACUGUGCUCAAAGAAACCUGUACAGGGACGUGAUGCUGGAGAACUAUAGCAACCUUGUUUCAGUGGGGUGUCAGUAUCUGAAAUCAGAUGUAAUGUUACUGAACCAAGGAGAACCAUGGAUGGAGGAGGAAGAAAUCUCAAGUUGGGCCUAUUCAGACUUUGAUAUUAUAACCAAGAUGAAAGAAUUAACACCAUGGAGGAGCAUUUCUGAACAAGUGAUACUCCAUAACAUGAUUGUAUACUCAAGUUUUGAAGACUGGAGACUUGGAAAUGAGAUAAAUCACCAGGAAAACCAAGACAAGUUUUUGAACCACAUUGCAUUCAUUAACAAUAAGCCACUGACUGAGGAGAUAGAUCAUGAAUGUAACGAUGUGCUGGGAAAAAUAAUUCAUCUGAACAGAACAUCUGAUGAAUGCAUCAGAGCCUUCAUGGAGAAGUCACACCCCUUUAUACAACCGAAAAUUCUAACCAGUACGAAAUCAUUUAAAUGUAUUCAGUGUGGGAAAGCCUUCAGUGGAAAGUCAGGACUCAUUGUACAUGAGAGAAUUCAUACUGGGGAGAAACCAUACAAAUGUAAUGAAUGUGAAAAAGCCUUUAUUCAGAAGUCACAACUCACUGUGCAUCAGAGAACUCAUACAGGAGAGAAACCCUAUGAAUGUAGUGAAUGUGGGAAAGCAUUCACCCAGAAGUCAAACCUCAUUAUUCAUCAGAGGGUUCACACAGGGGAAAAACCUUAUGAAUGCAAUGAAUGUGGAAAAGCUUUCAUCAAGAAGUCAACACUUAGUGUUCAUCAAAGAGCUCAUAUUGGGGAGAAACCAUAUGAAUGCAGUGACUGUGGGAAAGCCUUCAUCUGGUGGUCACAGCUAAUUAUACAUCAGAGGAUUCAUACUGGGGAGAAACCUCAUGGAUGUAAUGAAUGUGGAAAAGCCUUCAACAGGAAGUCAGAACUCAGUGUACAUCACAGAAUUCACACUGGGGAGAAACCUUUUGAGUGUAAUGAAUGUAAAAAAGCCUUCAUUCAAAAGUCAGAUCUCAUUGUACAUCAAAGAACUCACAGUGGGGACAAAAGAAUUCAAUGCAGGACAUCACAUAGGAUUUAGUCAUUGUGUCUCUUUUGUCUCCUCUGGCCUGUGACUAUUGAUAGGUGAGCUAAAUUACUCCAUAAAGUGCCUCCUUGUCCUCCAUUUUGUGUGGUUAAGGAACUUGAAUCGACACUAGCUCUUCCCUCAUGUGCAUGCCUCAGAUAAUAGCCUGCGGAAUCACAAGUAAGUAGUCUUUGUGGUAAAGUGUCUCCUGGGACUGUGCAUCCUUCCCUUAUGUGAACCUUAAUAAGACCCCUCAAAACUUACCAAAAGCUCAUUUUUUUUAGUUUGAAUGGACCAUUCUGGCCUUAGCCCAAGAAUCCCAAAGCCCUACCCCCCUCAAGCCCUAGUAAAGCCAUAUGCUCCAAAUCUUGCUGCUCACUCUCUGCCUGUACCCCGCCUAAACCGCCCCAUGUGCCCCUGAGUGCCAUGUGCCUCCUCCAGGACCUGUGAGUAAUAAGCUUCUUUAUUUCACUUACCCUUGCAGUCUUUGUUGAACCUUGACUUGACAUCUGACACCCCAGGACUGUACUUAACAAAUGUUAACAAAAGUCACACAACUGACCUCCUUACUCUUUCCUGUUUUUCAUGAUCUUGUCCUUUUUGAAGAGUACUUUUCAGGCUUUUUUUGUAAAUUGUCCCUCAAAACAAAAAACUGUAGCAGGCAGUGCCAAGGAAGAAGAAAAAGGAAAAAUUUCAAAUGAUAAAUAAACAUAUAAAUCAUACCUAACUUUCCUAAUCAAGGAAACAAAGUAAAAUCAAGAAAACAUCAAAUAGGGGAAAGUAAUUUUUAAGGUUGAUAUAUAAGGCAGAUUCCAGUCAGGAAAAACCUAGAUAGUUCAAUAGAGGUACUUUAAUACAGGGAAGUUGUUACAAAGUUAUAAGAAUACCUAAAAAUGCUAAAAGGGGAUGAGACACACCAGAGAGUAGCAGCAAUAGCUACUCAUAUUCAUAUGUUGAAACCUAAUCGUCACAGUCAUGGUAUUUGGUUUUAGACUUCCCAUCCUUCAAAACUCUGAGAAAUUUCUGUUGUUUAUAAGCUACCCAGUCCAUGGUAUGUGUCCUGUUAUAGCAGCCCAAAUGGAUUAAAAGACGUGUAUUGAUGGUGAAAGUAUGAAUCAUUACAGCCUUUUAGAAAGAUAGUUUGAUGAUAUUUAAAAUUUAUUUAAUUCUCUGUGAUUUUGUUCUAAUAAGAGUGUGGCUAAAGAUCUAGCUAUAAGCAUAUUUAUUUCAUAUUUGCUUAUAAUAGGAAAAAUUGGAAAUAGUAUGCUACUAAAAUAUUUAGACUCAGUUUGAUGGAAAACUGUGCUAACAUUAGUGUAGAAUAAUAUUUAAAGACAUGAAGAAGAAAAAAAAAGACAUGAAGAAAUGUUUACAAGAAAUUAAAUUUUAAAAGCACUUUCCAUUUAUU